AUGAUAGACUGCUACCUUCGAGUUCAUAGUCGUCAAUCAUUGACAUCUGGCCCUUCAACCGUUCAGACUGUGAUUGCUCGGGAUAUUGCUUCUUAUAAUUCUGGUAAUGGAGUGAAUCAUGACUCCGAUGACGAUAACGAUAAUGAUUUUAACGGACUGGUGCACUCAUCGACCAACGUCUUAGGAACUACGCCUCAUUCUUUGGUUGGUUCUUAUCGUCGUCCCGGCCAUUUCACGGCUGGACCUCGUGGAACGGUUGUGCCGCAUGGCCAUGACCAAGAGCAGUAUCUUACGACAGACGAAUUGGAGCGUGCAUACACGGAAGAAAUAGAUUUGCUUAGUGAUAACCAUGUUAUUGCCCCGGAUUCGUCGAAGCGGGGUGUCAUGAGCAAUCUGACGAGGCAGCUGAAUGCCGGGUUACGGCGCGCAUCUCUCUCGAGCCAGAGACAUGAAGACAGCCCACAAUUACCGGUUACAACCCCAACAGAGACAUCGGCUCUACUAGGAGACCGACCAAUUGACAAUGAUGAGAUCGACCGCAAAUGGGAGGAAGCAGUCACAGCUGGUCUAAUUCAAUCUAGUUGGAAGCGAGAAGCUCUCGUGAUCGGGCAAUAUUCUCUGCCGCUCAUUGUCACUUUUCUUCUGCAGUAUUCCUUGACAGUAGCAUCCAUUUUCACAGUGGGUCACUUAGGGACUAUAGAAUUAGGAGCAGUAAGCCUGGCCAGUAUGACUGUUAGUAUCACCGGAUCGGCUGUCUAUCAAGGCCUUGCCACCAGUUUAGAUACUCUUUGCGCCCAAGCGUACGGAUCAGGAAGAAAGAAACUCGUUGGACUACAAAUGCAACGGAUGGUGUUCUUUCUGUGGGUAGUCACCAUACCAAUCGCCAUCAUUUGGUUUUUCGCGGAUAAGAUCUUGGUGGCUAUUAUUCCAGAGACGGAGGUCGCGCUUCUCGCCGCGCGGUAUCUCAAGGUUCUAAUCUUUGGCGCACCGGGAUAUGCUUGUUUCGAAAGCGGGAAACGAUUCGUGCAAGCGCAGGGCAUAUUCACAGCAUCCUUGUACGUACUUUUGAUCUGUGCGCCAUUGAAUGCGUUUAUGAACUGGUUCUUCGUCUGGAAACUUGAGUUGGGUUUCAUCGGAGCACCUAUUGCAGUCGCGAUUACGGAGAACCUUCUCCCCCUAUUCCUCUUCUUGUAUGUAUACUUUAUCGGGGGUCGCGAAUGCUGGAAUGGAUUCACAUGGAAGGCAUUUCACAACUGGGGCCCUAUGAUCCGUCUCGCUUUACCGGGCCUAAUCAUGGUUGAGGCUGAAUGCCUGGCCUUCGAAGUCCUCACAUUGGUAUCAUCCUAUCUCGGAACUGAAGCCCUCGCUGCGCAGUCCGUGCUUAGCACAAUCAGCAGCAUCACCUUCCAGAUUCCGUUCCCCGUGGCAAUUGCAGGUAGCACACGUGUUGCAAAUCUCAUCGGUGCGACCCUGGUCGAUGCCGCGCGCACGGCUGCCAAAGUCGCAUUAACUGGCGCCGUGAUUGUAGGACUUCUCAAUAUGUUACUUCUCUCGUUGCUCAGGCACUCACUCGCUGGUCUCUUCACGUCGGAUGAGGAAGUCAUCGAAAUGGUUGCUGCCAUCUUACCCAUCUGUGCAGCUUUUCAGCUUUUCGAUGCUCUAGCAGCGAAUUGUAAUGGCAUCCUCCGUGGCCUGGGCCGGCAAGAGAUUGGUGGUUAUGUGCAGGUGUUUUGCUACUAUGUUGUGGCAAUGCCGAUUAGCAUGGGGACGGCUUUUGGAUUGGGAUGGGGCAUUGCAGGUCUAUGGACGGGCGUGGCACUUGCAUUAGGAUUGGUGUUUUUCAUUGAGAUCAUUUUUCUCAGCAGGACAAGUUGGGAGAGAAGUGUGGAGGAAGCAAGAAAAAGGAACGAUGUUGCUUAG